AUGGCGAUUGCCGGAUCCGGUGUCAAUGCCGAUUGUUUCCCCAAAGGCAUGAUCGGCCACUAUGGCACAUGGCUCAAGCAGAAGGUUACAGCCGUGGGCGCGGACCGCCUUUCUCUUGUCUGCAUGGCAAUAGCCGGUGCAGCUAAAGAGGCUUUCGUUGGUGAGGAGAGUCGGACAUUCUGCAUGCAGGAGCAGGACGGCUUGAAGUGGGACUUUUCCAUCAAGAACCUGAACAGCGGCAAUCGAGUUCUAGGACAAGCCGAAUGCAUGUCUGGGCUGUCGAAGGAGGCCUAUAAUUGUUAUAGAGGAGGCAGGACAUCCUAUUGGAAUUGGGAAUACGCUUCCGACCCCAAUGCUGGCAGCUGCAUGGGGAAAUAA